UCUUCCACCGCACGAGAACCUCGCCCAAUAUAUAUGGUCCCCUCCGACGUCCUUGCUCACCACUUCUCUUUCUCCCCGUAUACACGCAUAAACCGGUACCGCCCCAUAUCAUGGCGAGGAUCGCAAUGAGCAACAUGUCGCCGGCCAUGUCGUCCUCCCCCUCGUCUCUGUCCCCGCCGUCGUCGGCGCCGCCGCCCCCCACCACCCUCCCGGUGCGCGCCAUCCCGGGCAGCUACGGGUGGCCCCUUCUCGGCCCGCUGUCGGACCGCCUGGACUACUUCUGGUUCCAAGGCCCGGAGACGUUCUUCAGGAAGAGGAUCGAGAAGUACAAGAGCACCGUGUUCCGCGCGAACGUGCCCCCGUCGUUCCCCUUCUUCCUGAACGUGAACCCUAACGUGGUGGUCGUCCUCGACUGCGCGUCCUUCGCUCACUUGUUCGACAUGGAGAUCGUGGAGAAGAGCAAUGUUCUGGUCGGGGACUUCAUGCCGAGCGUGAAGUACACUGGGAACAUCCGGGUCUGCGCUUACCUCGACACUUCCGAGCCUCAACACGCUCAGGUGAAGAACUUUGCGCUAGACAUACUGAAGAGGAGCUCCAGGGUGUGGGAGAGCGAAGUGAUCUCGAACUUGGACACCAUGUGGGACACCAUCGAGUUCAGCCUCGCCAAGGACGGCAAAGCCAGCGUCGUCUUCCCUCUCCAAAAGUUCCUCUUCAACUUCCUCUCCAAGGCCAUCGUCGGCGCCGACCCGGCCGCCUCGCCGCAGGUGGCCAAGUCCGGCUACGCCAUGCUCGACCGGUGGCUCGCUCUCAUGCUCCUCCCCACCGUCAAUAUUGGCAUACUGCAACCUCUAGAGGAAAUUUUUCUUCAUUCUUGGACAUACCCCUUUGCUCUGGUGAGCGGGGACUACAACAAGCUCUACCAGUUCAUCGAGAAGGAAGGCCGGGAAGCGGUCGAAAGGGGGAAGGCCGAGUUCGGAUUGACCCACCAGGAGGCCGUCCACAACUUGCUGUUCUUCCUCGGCUUCAACGCGUUCGGCGGCUUCACGAUUUUCCUCCCCACGUUGCUAAACGCCAUACUUAGCGACACGACCGGACUGCAGGACCGGCUGAGGAAGGAGGUCCGGGAAAAGGGAGGGCCGGUGUUGAGCUUCGACUCGGUGAAGGAGAUGGAGCUGGUGAAGUCGGUCGUGUACGAGACGCUGCGGCUUAACCCGCCCGUCCCGCUCCAGUACGCUCGAGCCCGGAAGGACUUCCAGCUCAAGUCUCACGACUCGGUCUUUGAUGUCAAGAAAGGCGAGCUGCUAUGCGGGUAUCAGAAGCUGGUGAUGAGAGACCCGAAAGUGUUCGACGAACCGGAGAGUUUUAACUCGGACCGGUUUGUUAAGAACAGCGAGCUACUGAAUCACUUGUACUGGUCCAACGGGCCGCAGACCGGAACACCGACCGAGUCGAACAAGCAGUGCGUGGCUAAGGACUACGUCACCCUCACCGCUUGUCUCUUCGUGGCCUAUAUGUUUCGACGGUACGAUUCCGUCACCGGAAGCUCAAGCUCGAUCACAGCGGUUGAAAAGGCCAAUUGAGUAGUGACACGUGUUUAUAUUGUACGGGGCAAUUUGGGCUUUGUUGGGCUUGAGGCCCGGCCCAUAUAUGUAUACAGUGCGAUGGCCUCUUCAUAAGCGGUUUUCAAUCUCAAGUCCCACACCUUGAUAAAUGGUUGAGAUAAUAAUUCACCCUUGAAAUGAUUUAAUGUAUGAACUGCUAUUCAAUCCA